AUGCUGGCAGCAGUGAAGGCUGGGAUGUCACUGGUGGGAAGCCAAGGAAUUGUCUCGGCCACUGAGGUCCUCCUUGUGGCUGCUGUCUUCUGCUUGGUCUUCCUACUUGUCCAGUCCCUUCAGCAGCAUGUGCCCAAGGGUCUGAAGAGCCCCCCAGGCCCCAGAGGCUACCCCAUCCUGGGCAACGUGCUGGAGCUGAGGAAGGACACACACCUGGCCCUGAGCAAGCUGAGCCAGAAGUAUGGGGACGUGAUGGGGAUCAGGAUCGGCACCCGGCCCGUGGUGGUGCUGAGCGGGUUGGACACCAUCAAGCAAGCCCUGGUGAAGCAAGGAGAAGACUUUAUGGGGCGUCCUGACCUCCACAGCUUCAAGUACAUUUCCAAUGGCCACAGCCUGGCCUUCAGCCCCGACUCAGGGGAGGUGUGGAGAGCCCGCAGGAAGCUGGCCCAGAACGCCCUCAAGACCUUCUCCAUCACUUCCAGCCCCACCUCCUCUUCCACCUGCCUGUUGGAGGAGCACAUAUCCAAGGAGGCUGAGUACCUGGUCACCAAGUUUCUCCAGGUGAUGGAUGAGAAGAAGAGCUUUGACCUCACCCAGUACCUGGUGGUGUCUGUGGCCAACGUCAUCUGCGCCAUGUGCUUUGGCAAGCGCUACGACCACAACGACCAAGAGCUGUUCAAUAUAGUGAACCUCAACAACGAGUUUGGGGAAGUGGCUGCUUCUGGCCAUCCUGCUGACUUCAUCCCCCUCCUCCAGUACCUUCCCAGCCGCACCAUGCAGCUCUUUAAGGAUGUCAACCACCGCUUCAACCUCUUUGUGAAAAAAAUUGUCCAGGAGCAUUACGCCACCUUUGAUAAGGAGCACAUCAGGGACAUCACAGACUCACUGAUUGAGCAUUGCCAAGAGAAGAGUGUUGGGGAGGACACCCGAGUCCCCAUCUCCAAUGAGAAGAUCAUCGACAUCGUCUAUGACCUCUUUGGGGCAGGCUUUGACACUGUGACAACUGCCCUGGCCUGGAGCCUUAUGUAUGUUGCCUUGUACCCUGACAUCCAGAAGAAGAUCCAGGAAGAACUAGACCAGACCAUUGGCCAGGAGAGGAGACCGAGGCUGUCGGACCGGGGCAGGCUGCCCUACACAGAGGCCUUCAUCCUGGAGAUGUUCAGGCACUCCUCCUUCCUGCCCUUCACCAUCCCACACAGCACGACGAAAGCGACGGUGCUGAACGGCUACUACAUCCCCAAGGACACCUGCGUGUUUGUCAACCAGUGGCAAGUCAACCAUGAUGAGAAGCUUUGGAGGGAUCCUUCAGCCUUCGACCCCCUGCGGUUCCUCAACGCCGCGGGGACCGAAAUAAACAGGACGGAGAGCGACAAAGUGCUGGCCUUCGGCUUGGGGAAGCGGCGCUGCAUCGGGGAGACGAUCGGCCGGUGGGAGGUCUUCCUCUUCUUGGCCAUCAUGCUGCAGCAGCUGGAGUUCAGCCUUGUGCCCGGGGAGAAGGUGGACGUCACCCCUCAGUACGGGCUGACAAUGAAGUACAAGAAGUGCGAGUUCUUCCAGAUCAAGAAGCGCUGCCCCGCGAAGGGCUCUCCCUAAGGGGCAGG